GCCGCCGCCGCCGCCGCCGCCGCCGCCGCCGCCCGGCCCGGAGACCGCGCGACCCUCGCCGCGUUGCCCGCCGCGAAGAUGGAGGGCCCCCUGUCCGUGUUCGGGGACCGCAGCACUGGGGAGGCCAUCCGCUCCCAGAACGUUAUGGCAGCAGCCUCGAUUGCCAAUAUUGUCAAAAGUUCCCUUGGUCCAGUUGGCUUGGAUAAAAUGUUGGUGGAUGAUAUCGGUGAUGUCACCAUCACGAAUGAUGGGGCCACCAUUCUGAAGCUGCUGGAGGUGGAGCAUCCUGCAGCCAAGGUCCUGUGUGAGCUGGCGGAUCUGCAGGACAAGGAAGUGGGAGAUGGAACGACCUCAGUGGUCAUCAUUGCAGCAGAACUUCUGAAAAAUGCAGAUGAACUAGUCAAACAGAAAAUCCAUCCCACGUCGGUUAUUAGUGGCUAUCGACUAGCUUGCAAGGAAGCGGUGCGUUACAUCAAUGAAAACCUAAUUAUUAACACGGAUGAGCUUGGAAGGGAUUGCCUGAUCAAUGCAGCUAAGACCUCAAUGUCUUCCAAAAUCAUUGGAAUAAAUGGUGAUUUCUUUGCCAACAUGGUGGUAGAUGCUGUGCUUGCUGUUAAAUACACAGAUACAAGAGGCCAGCCUCGCUAUCCCGUAAAUUCCGUGAAUAUUCUCAAAGCCCACGGAAGAAGUCAGAGCGAGAGUUUGCUCAUCAAUGGCUACGCGCUCAACUGUGUGGUUGGGUCCCAAGGCAUGCCCAAGAGAAUAGUCAAUGCAAAAAUCGCUUGCCUUGACUUCAGUCUGCAGAAAACAAAGAUGAAGCUUGGAGUGCAGGUGGUUAUUUCAGACCCUGAGAAAUUGGACCAGAUUAGACAGAGAGAAUCAGAUAUUACCAAGGAACGAAUCCAGAAGAUCCUGGCAACAGGGGCCAAUGUCAUCCUUACCACCGGCGGCAUUGAUGACAUGUGUCUGAAGUAUUUUGUGGAAUCUGGCUCCAUGGCAGUCAGGAGAGUCUUAAAAAGGGACCUGAAGCGCAUUGCUAAAGCAUCUGGAGCGGUGAUUCUGUCGACCUUGGCCAAUUUGGAAGGUGAAGAAACUUUUGAAUCUUCCAUGUUGGGACAAGCGGAAGAGGUGGUACAGGAGAGAAUCUGUGAUGACGAGCUGAUCUUGAUCAAGAACACUAAGGCUCGCUCCUCGGCGUCCAUUAUCCUGCGUGGGGCGAACGAUUUCAUGUGUGACGAGAUGGAGCGUUCCUUACAUGAUGCGCUGUGUGUGGUGAAGAGAGUUCUGGAGUCCAAGUCUGUAGUUCCUGGUGGGGGCGCGGUGGAAGCCGCCCUGUCCAUCUACCUGGAGAACUACGCCACCAGCAUGGGAUCUCGGGAACAACUAGCUAUCGCAGAAUUUGCGAGAUCUCUUCUAGUUAUCCCAAACACUUUGGCGGUCAAUGCAGCUCAAGAUUCUACGGAUCUAGUUGCAAAGCUGAGAGCUUUCCAUAACGAGGCCCAGGUCAACCCGGAGCGCAAAAACCUGAAAUGGAUUGGUCUAGAUUUGGUCAAUGGCAAGCCUCGUGACAACAAGCAAGCUGGGGUGUUUGAACCAACCAUAGUUAAGAUAAAGAGUUUGAAGUUUGCAACAGAAGCCGCGAUUACCAUUCUUCGGAUUGAUGAUCUGAUUAAAUUACACCCAGAAAGCAAAGACGAUAAGCACGGAGGUUACGAAGAUGCCGUCCACUCGGGCGCCCUUGAUGACUGAGCCCGCUUUUAUUUAUGACCAUGUUAGACACCCCUGUCCCGUACCUUGCGUGUUACACAUUAAAAGAACAAGAAGCUGA